AUGAUGCACAGUGUUCUGCGAGUUUACCUUGUGCUCUUCCUCAACCUGAAGGGUUUGAGAGCAGCAGGGCUUCUCAGGCAGCCCUGCCCACCGGGUUAUGUACAGGUGGCCCCGGUCCACUUCGACUGCGCCAGGUCAGGGGUGGCCUUGGAAGCCAGAUACCUUGCCCCGGCCGGGGAGACGAGCACUGUCUUUGUGCUGCCAUUGGGCGUCACGAACUUCGAGGUCUCCUUGCAGCCCGAAGUUCCUGGUAGUCAAGUGGAUUGGCUCGUCACGCUCGGAAGCAAGCAGCUUGUCGGGCCGUCAGGAGUGGUGGACGAUCAGAGGAGAUUCGGAAGUGAUGAGGGUCUGCAGAUCAACUUCUCAGGGAGCAAGGCACAGAAAGAGAAAGUGGCAUUCAAAGGAACCACAUUGGCACCUUUGACAUUCCAGGUUCGGAAUAGAGAUUUGUACCCGCAGCUUCUGCAUCUUGU